AUGGGCUUCUUCCGUUCCGUCGUAUCUUUCCUCUUCUGGAUCUGGACUCUCGUGCUAGCAACAAACUCCUCUUCUCCGGUCACUUGGGACAAAUACAGUCUGUCGGUCAAUGGCCAGAGGCUGUUCGUCUUUGCUGGAGAGUUUCACUAUCAACGCUUGCCCGUGCCUGAGCUAUGGCUGGACGUUUUCGAGAAAUUAAAGGCCAAUGGCUUUAAUGCCGUUUCUGUGUACUUCUUCUGGAGUUACCAUAGCGCUUCCAAAGACCAUUAUGACUUCGAGACCGGGGCGCACAAUAUCCAACGUUUGUUUGAUUACGCGAAACAAUCCGGAAUCUAUGUCAUUGCCCGCCCAGGACCAUACAGUAAUGGCGAGACUUCUGCAGGAGGAUAUGCUCUUUGGGCCGCAAAUGGCCAGCUCGGGGAAGAGCGCACAAGUGAUCCCCAGUACUAUCAACAAUGGUAUCCCUGGAUGCAAAAACUGGGCAAAAUCAUCGCUGCCAACCAAAUAACCGAGGGUGGGCCAGUGAUUCUUGUUCAGCAUGAGAAUGAACUGCAAGAAACCAGCUAUAGCGCCAACAAUACACUGGUCGUAUACAUGGAGCAGAUUUCGCAGGCUCUCGCUGAUGCUGGCAUUGUGGUACCGAGUACUAGCAAUGAAAAGGGGAUGCGCAGUGUCAGCUGGUCAACAGAUUACAACGAUGUCAGUGGUGCGGUCGAUGUAUACGGCUUGGAUAGCUACCCCGGGGGUUUGUCUUGUACAGAUCCUGAGGCCGGAUUCCAGCUCAUUCGCACUUACUACCAAUGGUUCCAGAACUACUCAUUUACUCAGCCUGAAUACUUGCCUGAAUUUCAAGGCGGCUAUUUUCAACCCUGGGGAGGCUAUUUCUACGAUGACUGCAGCUCGUCUCUUGAACCGGAUUUUGCAGAUGUUUUCUAUAAGAACAAUGUCGGUUCUAGAGUGACUUUGCAGAGUCUGUACAUGGCCUACGGGGGUACAAACUGGGGUUACAGUGCGGCACCAGUAGUAUACACGUCAUAUGACUACGACGCUCCUUUGCGAGAGACUCGAGAAAUUCGAGACAAGCUGAAGCAAACCAAACUUUUAGGUUUAUUCACCCGAGUGUCAUCAGGUCUUUUAGAGACAGACAUGGUUGGAAACGGAACGGACUAUACAAGCGAUUCGAGCAUAUUCACUUGGGCGUUGAGAAACCCACAGACGAAUGCAGGGUUUUAUAUUGUUUCGCAUGAUGAUAGCGCUUCACAGGACACCACCGAGUUUAGUAUCACGGUUGAAACAUCAAAAGGCACUAUCGAUAUUCCGGAUGUUGAAUUAGCUGGUCGUCAAAGCAAAAUUAUUGUCACGGAUUACAAGCUAGGAGAAUCGACACUUCUUUUCAGCUCCGUAGAUGUGCUCACAUAUGCAACUCUUGAUGCUGAUGUCCUUGCACUCUAUCUUAAUAUCGGGCAAGCAGGAAGUUUUGCAUUAUUAGAUACUUCUUCGCUGAAUUUCACAGUACAUGGCGAAUCAAACGUGACAGCUUCUCAGACCAGUCACGGUACUGUAUACACAUACACGCAAGCUGAAGGCAUCUCGGUGGUUCAGUUCUCAAACGGACUGAUAGUAUACCUUCUCGACAAGGUCACGGCAUGGAACUUUUUUGCGCCACCGCAAACAUUGGACCCAAUUGUGAAGCCUGAUCAGCAUAUAUUUGUCAUUGGGCCGUAUCUUGUCAGGGGAGCCUCAUUCAAAGGGAGCAGCAUUGAGAUUGUCGGUGAUAAUGAGAUUACCACAUCUAUCGAGGUAUAUACAGGAAAUUCGUCGGUAACUUCGAUCAAGUGGAACAAAAAGACCAUUGCCACGAAACGCACACCAUACGGCAGUUUAAUCGGUACAGUCCCUGGUACAGAAAACGUCACAACCUCUCUUCCAAAACUCACAUCGUGGAAAUCACACGACGCUAUUCCCGAGAUCGAUCCUGGUUAUGACGAUUCGCGAUGGACAAUUUGCGACAAAAACACGACUGUCAACGCAGUGACCCCAUUGUCUCUUCCAGUUCUUUACUCUGGUGAUUACGGGUAUCACGCAGGACCAAAAAUCUAUCGCGGAAGGUUCAAGACGUUGAAUGCUACUGGGGUAAAUGUCACUGCUCAGAACGGGGUUGCGGCAGGAUGGUCUGCGUGGCUAAACGGUCAAUACGUUGGCGGCUCGCCUGGCAAUUCCAGUCUGGCAACAACGUCUGAUGUUCUAAAAUUCAAUACAAGUUCCCUCAAAACAACACUGAGAGACAGUAACGAAGAUAACGUGCUUACAAUCCUGACCGACUAUACAGGCCACGACGAGGACAACGUCAAGCCAGAAGGCGCACAGAAUCCACGUGGUAUACUUGGCGCAGUUCUGCAGGGCGAGGGUAACUUUUCAUCGUGGAAAAUCCAAGGAAACGCCGGAGGAGAGAAGAAUAUCGAUCCGACUCGUGGCCCCAUGAAUGAAGGCGGUUUGUACGCAGAGCGUAUGGGGUGGCACCUUCCGGGCUUUCAACCUGAUGAUUCCUGGGACACUUCAGCACCCUACGAUGGAGUGUCUGGUGCGUCUGGUAGAUUCUACAUUACAAAUUUCACCUUGGACAUUGACAAUGGCCUGGAUGUGCCGCUCGGCUUAAAGGUCAAUGCAUCUGCCUCUGUCCCCGCAGUGGUGUAUAUAUGGCUGAAUGGGUAUCAAUUCGGUCACUAUCUCCCACAUAUUGGCCCUCAAUCUGUCUUUUCCUUUCAGCCGGGUAUUAUAAAUACACAGAAGAACAGACCAAACACUUUGGGAAUGAGCCUGUGGGCCCUUACAGACAAGGAGGCAAAACUAGAGCAGGUCGAGCUUGUGGCAUAUGGGAAAUACACGUCUGGCUUUGAUUUUGCGCAGGACUGGAGCUAUCUUCAACCAGAGUGGAAAGACCGAAGUGAAUACGCUUGA